AUGGUAUAUAUCACGGAUAAUUGUUGUAAGCCAUGUAAUUGCGACCGAGAAACGUGCCUGAAAACAAGAAGUUGCUGUCCUGACGUUCUGCCGAACAAUUAUCUAGAAUACACAGGAAUCGUUGCGGACAUUUAUGAAGAAAGCGAAAGUCCAAUGCGUGUGGAGAAUACUGUUGAGGAAAUACCCAUGUGCGAACCAACACGUUUGAUUCCCAAAGGCGCUGUGGAUGAAACCAACUAUUACAUGAUCUCAACAUGCCCUAGAGUCACAGUGGCGGGACUUCGUAUGAACUGCACACGCACAUACACUAAAGAAUUGCAAGAAUUCACAGACUUUCUCCCCGUGUAUUCACAUAGCACAUUAUCUGUUUAUAGAAAUAAAUAUUGCGCACUUUGCAACGGCGUUCAACAAAAAGAUAUAAAAUUUUGGAAACUUAUGCUCAAAUGUGGAAAAGAUAUGUAUAAAGAUAUUAACAGUCAGUCCGAAGUUAUUAGUUUGGUAUUUGCAGACACAGUAUGUGAUCUACACUACCAGAAACCAUAUUUGAAUGGUCUAAAUACAGUACAAUGUGAAAGUUCUAUUUCACGAUGUAACGUGACCGGGAAUUGGAACCAGUACGAUCCAGAUAUAGAAGCGGGCUGUUUGAUUUAUCGUUCCGAAUUCUUUUACAUGGAUAAAAAGUACCAAAAUAUAUUCUGCGUGUUAUGCAAUGCUGAAAUUCCUGGUACCAACAAAUGCUUCUACGGAGAAGAAGGACCACCUUGGAGUCAGGAUAAAUUGUCCUUCUCUGGCCUUCUCAAGUUAGAGUUAACACCUGCUAGCCGUCAUGAGGAUAGAGAUUUGGCUUCUACGCAUUCAAAAUGCUCAGUUGAUCAGAUAUUCAAUCCAGUGACGAAAAAUUGCGCUGAACUUCAUUGUCAUGAAUUGUCAGCUCUUCAGAAUGGACAAUGUUUAAAUAAAUUUGAAUAUAUUAUAGAUGACGUUAUGUACAUAAUCAGUCUUCAGUUGGAAAGUGUAGAAAAUAUCACAAUUGGAGAAGUAUUUGAUACAACUUUACAGUUACUCAAGAAUGUGCGACGCAUACUUAAAAACAGUGUUAAUUUUAUAGAAAGGCAGGAUCAGAUUUGUGACAUACUAUUGAUUCUCAAAUCAGACGCUAGAUUUGGAACAGAAUCAAAUGAUGUGUACAUGUCAACAUUUGUACAUGGUGAGGUUGUCAUACAGAUGGCAAGGUCAGGUGGACAGAUUGUCCAGGAUCUAGCAGAUGCCGUGCAAAAUGUCUAUAAGACAUCUUUUUAUACUUACUUUCAGAACCGUUCCUUAAAGUUCAUGUUGAGUGCAAAGGACACUCGUCAAUACCCCCGUGAUAAAAUUAAUACAUUAAUCGGUACAAAUUUUGACAGCCUUUUAAACCCAAUUGAUGAACCAGAAUCUAUGUUCAGUCUGUUCUCGAUAUUUUUCUUUCCUGACAAAGACAAUUCAACAUUGAUACCAGUAUAUAAGAAACAUGUUGCCAGAUGUUAUUUUACUUUAGAACCGCGGAAAGUUAUCAAUGUACUUCGUUUUACAUCCUGUCCAAAAGUCAAUGUCUCCAGACCCGAAAGCCCAUGGCAACUCACUGACAGUGGUGUAAACAUAUCUGGACUUCUUAUUAACUCGAACCAAUAUUAUCAUGAUGGUACUGAAAGUGUCAUUGUUUGUUCUGAUAGUUUUAAGAAGUCUCACUUGGACCGCGUUAUCUCAGGUAGUUUGAAAACUGAGGUCAUAGUAUCAAUUGUAUGUACUGCUCUAUCUUUAGUUUCUUUAACGAUAGCUUUUUGCACGUUCUGCUAUUUCAGUGAACUACGGAAAACUCUUCCUGGGAAGAACAAUGUAGCACUGAUAACGACUUUGUUAAUUGCACAAGUUAUGUUUCUUAUUGGUAGCUUAAGUCCAUUCCCAAAGUAUUCAGUCCCUUGUACUCUUGCCGGCAUGUUUCUUCAUUUUAGUUGGUUAGCCGCUUUGUUCUGGAUGAAUGUAUGUACUUAUCAUAUGUUUAAAACUUUGUCAAAUAUGCGACUGAUCUCUGGCGAUUCCGGUUGGAAAAAAAUGUUGUUCUAUCUUUUGUACGUACUGUCUAUGUCCAUCCUCUUUGUUGCAAUUAAUGUUAUCAUAGCAACGUCCACUUCCGCUGGGAUCGGUUAUGGUGGAACAAAUUGCUACAUUACUUCCCAGGACAGAAUCAUGAUAACUCUUGGUGUUCCGGUAGCUUUCGUGAUUUUGUCAAAUGUGUGUAUGUUUCUGUCUGUCAUUUUCAAAAUAAAGCGUUCGCCUACAGUAAAUAGAAACAUUAAACAUGAAAGAAACGAUUUGCUGAUAUUUUCAAAACUGUCAACUAUUACUGGAGCAACUUGGGUAUUUGGAUUAUUGUAUGCUUGGACGGACAUGCUAGUAUUUUCGUAUUUGUUUAUUGUUCUUAAUGCUGGCCAAGGUGUCUUUAUAAUGUUUGCAUUUAUCAUAAACCGGCGUGUUUAUGCCAUGUGCAAACAAGCGUUCUGUAAGGACAGUGACACUAUUAUGUUCACCACAAAACGCAAAACAACUUCUUCUAAUGGGCAUCUUACCAAAACUACAGAACUUUAAGGUAAAAAUGUAUCUUUCUGACAGAGAUGUCGUCUCGUCAAACAAAAACUACUGAGACCUCAAUCACUUAGCCACGAAGGGUCAUAAGAUACUCUUUUUAACCUGGAAUUACAAGUAUAAGAUAUGGAAAAUCAGAUAGAGCAUUCAUUUCCAUCAACCAUUUUUAAAGUAUCAUUAAUGAAAUGUUGAUUGAAUGUUUUAUUAUACCUGAUCGUAUUAUGUACAUGUAUAUAUUUUCAAUAUCUGCCUGUGUUUCAGCCCGUUCUGGCUUUUUAUGAUGUGUCUAAUUUGGCGGCUUUACCCCAUCUUUUAUUUGGAUGUUUAUUAUGACCAAUUAUUUCUGUAAAAGUGUAUCACGCCGACAUCACUAUAAAGCCACACUACAGCACUCCGUCCGUUAUAUCUUUCAAUCACAACCAGUCUGCAUCGAUUUGGAAAUGUCUAAAAUUGAGGUUAGAUCUGGUGUGCUCCUUAAUUUGCAUCAACAUUUCUAAUCUUACUUUUCGUCAUAUUUAAGAAAAAACAACACUUAUUUGAAUCUCGUCUCUGAAAAAAAGUUUAAAACACAUCUUACUUUUAUGCAUGUAUGAAAUGUAAUAUGGUAUGCUGUAAAUAGAAAUACUUUUCAUUGAUAUUUUACAUGAUGAAAUUAUAUGAGCCGUGUCAUGAGAAAACCAACAUAGUGGGUGUGCGACCAGCAUGGACCCAGACCAGCCUGCGCAUCCGCGCAGUCUGGUCAGGAUCCAUGCUGUUCGCUUUUAAAGCCUACUGCAAUUAGAGAAACCAUUAGCGAACAGCAUGGAUCCUAACCAGACUGGCAGUGCGCGGAUGCGCAGGCUGGUCUAGAUCCAUGCUGGUCGCAAACACACUAUGUUGAUUUUCUCAUGGCACGGCUCAAUUAUAAUACUGAAGUUAGUCUCUAAAUAUUUAUCAAUGUUCAAUGUAUUUUAGAAGUAAAGGUUUUAUUGCACAUAUAAAAACACAUGUUUCGGAGUUUAGCUGGUAUUUACUUUUUGACAAUGAAUCAAUGAUGUUACCCUGAUGUUAAUUUAUUAUCUCCGAAGGCGGUGAGAAAAGUGGAUUAAAUUGUACGAAUUGCAUGUGAAAUAUAACCCACUGCAAGUCAAUCAUUAGUAUGCCAAGAAAUCUUAUUGGCGUUGGACUUAGUUAAAAUUGAAUAUACAUGACGCUUUUGUAUUAGUAUGAAUGUUUAUUUCCCUUAUUUUCAGAUUCUUAUCAAAUGUGUUGAAACACUCAAAACACCUCUUGAAAUAGCAUUUAUUUUUCCUGUCACAAUUGUUUCCUGACAUAUGAACAUAAAAUUCUUAGUAACUUAUAUGUAAGUUAGUAUUUUUAGACAUAAUCAGCUAUGUAACUUAUAUGUUAGUGUUUUUAAAUAUAAUCAGCUAUGUUACUUAUAUUAUAUUAGCUAGUAUUAUAGAUAUGAACAGCAAUGUAUCACUUGCUCAUAACAGUUACGGUGAUAUCUUGUGGUUAUUUUUUUAAAGAUAAAACUUCCAAUUAUAAAUUCUAUACUUGUGUAUGUUACUGACCACCUAUUAAUUCAGCAAGGCAAGAUGUUUAUGAUAAUCUUUUAACUUAUAUAGAUUCUAUAUAUAUUUCAAGUUGAUGGUUUACUUUUUAUAUGUGGAAAUUUGUGAUAAAUUUGAUUACACUGUUGGUGUUGAUUCACUAUCCGACCAGAAUAUUGUUGCUUUACGUAUGGCGACACAUUGAUAGAAUUUUAUAUUGAUUGUAACAUGUGUGUCCUG